GAAAAGCAUCAUUCGAGUUCGAGACGUCGUCAUCGCAAGGUCCGUGUCACACUUCUUUGUCCGCGUACGUGUGCGUGUGCGUGUGUGUUUGUCCGUGUCCGCAAGGGAGGAUUUUCUCGAAACGGGUCCAGUCCACUUCCGGGCGGAAGGAUUUUCCAGGUUUCGUUAGUGAGAAUCAACAGUGUUGACGACGAGCGGUUGCUCGCGUGGUGUGACAAGUGUUGAGCCCCUCCCCGGGAGAGCCCAUGGAAGAGGUGCGCCCGGAGUGCGCGUUCUAGAUGUGGUGAAAAGGGUGGAAGAAAAUUUCAGUUUCCAAAGUUCCAAGCGAAGUGCAGACUAGUGCGCCAAGUGCGUGAGUGGGGUAGCCAGGCAUGAGCACGGAACAUCCGGUGGUCGCAGCGGCGAUGGACCUCCUGAACGGGACGGCAACGUCCACGGCGAAGCCGAACGUGGUGGGCCGCAUGACGGACGCUCCGGCAGCGUUGGCCAUCGAUCCGCUGAUUAGCCACGUCGGAGAUGGCAUCUUUCUGCAGACCAAAACCGCCCAAGGACUGGCGGGGAUCUUCGUGUGGAUCGCGCUGUUCAUCACGUGUCAACAGAUCUACCAACACCUGCGAUGGUACACCAACCCCCAGGAGCAGCGGUGGAUCGUCCGGAUAUUGUUCAUCGUGCCCAUCUACGCCACCUACUCGUGGAUCAGCUUGCUGUUCUUCAACUCGGAAAGCGUCUACGUGUACUUCUUCACCGUGCGGGACUGCUACGAGGCGUUCGUGAUCUACAACUUCCUGUCGCUGUGCUACGAGUACCUCGGCGGCGAGGGCAACAUCAUGUCGGAGAUCCGCGGCAAGCCGAUCAAGUCGUCCUGCCUGUACGGCACGUGCUGCCUCACCGGCAAGACGUACACGAUCGGGUUUCUGCGGUUCUGCAAGCAGGCCACGCUGCAGUUCUGCCUGGUGAAGCCGCUGAUGGCGUUCAUCAUCAUCUUUUUGCAGGCGUUCGGGCACUACCACGACGGUGAUUGGAGCGCUGACGGUGGCUACAUCUACAUCACGGUGAUCUACAACAUCUCGGUGUCGCUGGCCCUGUACGGGCUGUAUCUGUUCUACUUUGCCACGCGGGACCUGCUGACGCCGUUCGACCCGGUGCUCAAGUUCUGCACCGUCAAGUCUGUGAUUUUCCUGUCCUUCUGGCAAGGUGUCGGGCUGGCCAUCCUGGAAAAGGCUGAAGUAAUCUCGCCCAUUGUGGACGCCGGCGGUUCGACCACAUCGGCCGGUACGGUGUCCGCCGGGUACCAGAACUUUUUCAUCUGCAUCGAAAUGCUGUUCGCGGCGAUUGCCCUGCGGUAUGCGUUCCCGUAUCAGGUGUACGCCCAGAGUUGCAUGACUGAUGCCCACGGUCGCUCUGUGACGAUGCAGUCCAUCUCGAGCAGUUUGAAGGAAACCAUGAACCCGAAGGAUAUUAUGACCGACGCGAUACACAAUUUCCAUCCGCAGUACCAGCAGUACACGCAGUACAGUUCAGAGGUGGUUUCCCAGCAGUCCUACGAGAGACUUUGAGCGGACCGAACGUCCUGGCGAGCGUAAAUCUUCAAAUCAAAACAAACAAAAGGCGGAGAAAAAAAACUUCUAAGUGAUCUAUACAAUUAUACUGCUGAAACCGUGCGCCUAGCCUUAAGUCGCGAAACUUGUUCUUCUUUUGAGAUAGAAAGCAUGAAUCAAAAAAACAACCGGCAGUUGCAUAUGUAGGACAUUGCAAACUUGCUAACUCGGUCUAGCGAUCAAAAUUAAAAGCGUUCUUUAGUAGGAAAAGCUGUGUUAAAAGAAAAGUCUUACAAAAAUGAGCAAACCUUUUAGAAUGGAAACAAACAAACGUAAUGAACACAGUCCCUCGUGUCUUUUUAGAUUGUAAACGUGCUGCUGUUUAGGAAUGAAAUGUAUUAUUUUAUAAUUAUUUUACGUAUUUUUUUAAAGCAAAGGCAACAGCAUUAUUACUAAGCAGAACAAGCGUGUACGUUAAGACGUUUUGACCUACUGAAAUCAAUUAUUAGGAGAUAGGAAAAUUGCAGCAAAAGGAAAAAAAGAGCAAACAAUCGGAAAACAUUACCUGUGUAAGCAAUAUGUAUCAAUUAAGGUCGAAAAAUUUCUCAAUCCCAUUUUUCAAAGUGUACUUAAAGCUCCCAGAAAACAUCGAAUUAAUUCCCUUCUGCAGUCAGAGGGGCUCCAAAUCUUAGCCAGGUCAUGUUUGCACGCCGAACUUCAUCCCUAAUCUAUGUUCCUUAAAAUCAUUCCAGUUUCCUAACCUUCGCUUUGCCUGUUCGCGAUCUUUGAAUCUAUUUAACUGUUCGUGUGUUAUAAUGAAUGUCUUUCGCCCUUUACACUCUAGUCUUGUUAAACCUUUUACUCUCUACUGUUAUCGGCCUGCAAAUAUUACUGCUUGGAUUUGUUGUGCCCUUUUUGCUUGUCUUGUUUAGAGUGUGAAGCAUUUUGGAAAGUCUUUCCCCCCCUGCUCCGAGAAAAGGCACGCGAAAGAGAGUAGGUAUUUCCCGGAAGGAAGGUAGAGCAGGUCAGGUGAUUUCAGCACUCUACCUUUGUGAUAGGGGAUAGUUUCGGACCGAUAUUGGAUAAGUCAAGAACUGGUUGGUCUCCCCCGGGGGCCAGAAAGAGCAGAUGGAGAAGAGAACUCGAACUGGUGCAGCCCUACCUGCUUGUUGUAAGUACCUUGUAAGAUGAGUAAGUAAAAAAAUCUUGUAUUUAAUUA